CACACACACACACACACACGAGGGAGAGAGAGAGAGAGCGACUCGUCCAUAAACACACAUUCCUCUGCAGUCUCUGUGAGGGGCAGGCUCAGAGUGUGCUGGAAGCCUGGUGCUGUUCUUUAGUGAGCCUCGCUCCAGUCGUUUAGUCACACAGGGAAACCAGAGUAGAGACGGAGGAGGAAGAGCAAAGCAGUCACACAAGAGGAGGUCUGACGACACUAUCCGUAUGCACUGACCCUUGUAUUUAACACAUGUAGACAUUGACACAGUGCAUUGAUACACUGCAUUGAUACAGUGUAAAAAGGACCAUCUAUAUAAACACACAAGCUGUCACGGCGCAACACGUGUAUGCGGCGAGCCCUGGACGACUGGACUUCUGGCUGACUUCUGACCGGACACAUAGCGCUCCAGCAGCCCAUUACAAGAGUGUGUGUGUAAGUGUGUGUGUACGUGUGUGUGAGCACACCGGAGAUGCCCUCAAGACCUUCUCACAGUAGGAGGUCCAGCACGGGGAUGGAUGACACGUGUUCUACAUCGACUGGGAUCCGUACAGCCUUCUGAUCCACUAAAAGAAAUACUGGCCCAAGACCGACCGCUGAACAGACGAAAAGUCAUCCAGAAGCCAAGGAUAAAAGGACUUUACUUUUUUAACCUUUCCUCCAGGCUGGAAUGAUGUUGUGGAACAAGUUUGCCUGCCACUUGCUUUCGUUGGCAGCCCUACUGGUGGCAGUGGGCUGCAGUGGGGGGGAGCAUAGAAAAGGGACAGAUGGCAGUGCCAGCGGCGCAGGACAGGGCAGCACAGGUGGCAGCACGGGUAGCAGCAGCAGCAGCAGCGGUAGUAGUAGUGAAAGUAGCAGCAGCAGUAACCGGAGGUACCACAGAGUCCAGCAUGGGCAGUGCACCUACACCUUUAUCCUACCUGAGGGCGACAGCAGCGGAGGGAAUUCGUGCCGACAAGGGAAAGCAGCGACACAGUUUAACAGCGCCAAUGCGCUGCAGAGAGACGCUCCACCCCUGGAACAGGACUUCGCUUCCCAGAAGAUCCAACACCUGGAGCACGUCAUGGAGAACUACACUCAGUGGCUGCAGAAGAUUGAAAACGACAUAAAGGAGAGCAUGAAGACAGAGAUGGCCCAGUUGCAGCAGAGUGCCGUUCACAACCACACGGCCGCCAUGUUGGAGAUGGGCACCAACCUCUUGUCCCAGACGGCCGAGCAGACCCGCAAGCUAACGGAUGUAGAGACGCAGGUUCUGAACCAAACCUCCAGACUAGAGAUUCAACUGCUUGAGAACUCCCUGUCCACCAACAAGCUGGAGAAGCAGCUCAUGGUGCAGACCAACGAGAUCAGAAAGCUCCACGACAAGAACGGGUUCAUGGAGCAGAAGAUGCAGGAGAUGGAGUCUCGUCACCGGGAGGAGCUGGGGACGCUGCGGGAGGAGAAGGGAAGCCUGCAGGCUCUGGUGGGGAAACAGAGUGGGGUGAUCCGUGAGCUGGAGACCCAGCUCACCAGGGCCACGGGCAACAGCACCGCCAUGCAGAGGCAGCAGCAGGAAAUGAUGGACACAGUGCACAACCUCAUCAGCCUCUGCAACAAGGACGGAGUCCCAAACAGCACGAAGCGGGUGGACGAAGAGAAGAAGUUUCGGGACUGUGCCGAUCUGUACCAGGCUGGUUUCUACAAGAAUGGGGUCUACACCAUACAUAUUAAUGCCCAGGAGACCAAAAAGGUGCAUUGUAACAUGGAGACCGCUGGCGGCGGAUGGACGACCAUCCAGCGAAGAGAGGACGGCGGCCUGGACUUCCAGAAAACGUGGAAGGAGUACAAGACGGGCUUUGGGACAGUUUCUGCAGAGCACUGGCUGGGGAAUGAGUUUGUAUACCUGCUGACCAGCCAGAGGCAGUAUGCCCUCCGUGUGGAGCUCACCGACUGGGACGGACACCAGGCCUUCUCCCUGUACGACCGCUUUCACAUCGAUAGUGAGAAACGCAACUACAGACUGUUCCUGAAGAGUCACAGUGGGACAGCAGGCAGGCAGAGCAGUCUGGUGAUCCACGGGGCAGACUUCAGCACCAAAGACAUGGACAACGACAACUGCAUCUGCAAGUGUGCCCUCAUGCUCACAGGGGGUUGGUGGUUCGACGCCUGCGGCCCGUCCAACCUCAACGGAAUGUACUUCACCAAAGGGCAACACGUCGGGAAGCUAAAUGGCAUCAAGUGGCACUACUUUAAGGGUCCCAGCUACUCGCUACGAGCAACAACCAUGAUGAUUCGUCCGCUGGACUUCUCAUAGACACCGAGUGCGUCCAGAAUGGCACCCUAUUCCCCAUAUUGUGCAAUACUUUAAUAGGGAAUAGGAUGCCAUUUCAGACGCGACGUUAGAGUUUCUCCCCUACACUCUCUGUAAGGCCAAUGGGACAACUAUAUUAGGAGGAACGCUUCCUGCUUCACCCUGUUACUAUCGUCUCACCAUAACGACUUUGGAGUUUGUCCGGAUGGGAACUCUACACCACCUGGCUCUUGCUUGGUUAAUGUUACUUCAGAGUCAGCCUGGAAGUGUGGUUGGAGGGAAGAGGGCUUGUGGAACGAGAGAGGGGUCUCGUCUUAUCAUAGAGCUACACUGUGAGUGAUGAACUCCUUGCGAAGUCGGAGGACAAACUGCUUCGCUCUUUUUUAAAUAUUUGACGCAUGAACUCAAGUAGAGUUCAGCUCUCACCCCAGGCCUGUGGACUCUCACCCCAGGCCUGUGGACUCUCACCCCAGGCUUGUGGACUCUCACCCCAGGCCUGUGGACUAUUGGGGUAGACUUCUCUCCUUUUUGGGAACUGACUGCAACAUUGCAACUUCGUCUGCAUAUGAAGACUAUAUGACAGACCACACGACUACCCAUAGACUACAUGACAGGCUGCCUUCAGACUACACGACUCCCUAUGCGCAUCUGGAAUGUUCUCACAACCAUAUGGGAGAAAAAGGCAUUUUUAUAGAGGUGUUGCACCAAGACAUUGGGACAUUGAACAAUGUUUUAUAUUUCAUGCUUUUUAUUCCUAUAUAGCCUAAUAAAUUUGGCAUGACGUGAUGUUGUUUUUACAUAAGUCACUCUGGAUCGUUUCUGGAGAGGAAAAGUCACAAGGUCACCAUCAGUAUAAAAUGUUUUGGUCUUAUAUGUACUGCAGACUCCAAAGGCAGUUCUGAGAACAAGCCUGGCUCAGUCAAUGGUUUUGCUGCCACUUAUACAGUUGUUGUCCUGCCAGAGUGCGCUGAUUAUUUUCAAAGUUCAAAAUGCCACGUUAUUAUUGGAUUUGGCAACUGACAGAGAUUUAUCUGCAGUUGGUAUUGGCUGACAACCAAUGGCUGCCAAGGCUAAAAAUGUGGUGAUCUUCUUUCCUCAUUUAAAUAUUAAAAAUAAUAUACUGUAACGA